UUGAGGCAGGAUUGCAAGAGGUGGAUGCCGUCCCGGUUUUUAUCAUCACUGUUAUAUAAGAGCCAAUAGGGUGUGAAGGGCGGAGCACACCGUUCUACGUCUGGCAGCUGCGAAAUAGAAAAUGUUUAGCCCACAGGCACCUUGCUGCAAAUAGACAACCCUCACUAUAGCCUAAUGCAAAGAAAGCAGAAUGGUUAUCCACAUGUGCGAUGAAGAACAAAAUUGGAUGCAACACCGGGGUUAAAAAACAACAAGAUACGGAGUGGAGUAAUAACCUUCUUGUAAAAUAAAUAUUGAAAGUAAUUCAGGUGUUUCUAUCAAACCAUUGGAAGAGGUUUUGGAACCAUGUAUCAUGCCUUUAAUUUCCCAAUGACUGCGGGGCGCAGUCGGAAUAAGGAGCGCCUGGAGGCCAGUCUGGCCGGACUCGGUGAGCUGGAGCUCAGCAAGCAGAGGCAGGAGUGCCUGGUCCUCGGUGCUCUGGCUCUGGGGGAGCCCAUGCUCGAAAAUUCCACAAGGAACGAGCUAUCGGGUUUCAGCAGCUGGGAGCAAGAAAACUUGACAUUGAGACGUCAGCUGAGUGCACUCCAAAGCUCCCCCUGGGGGCUAAUGCUGGCACUGGAACAGCAGGUUUGUGAGCUGAGAGUGGACACAGAUGAUGUCACCUAUGAGGGGACCCAAGGUGACUCGAUGGACAGUCGGCCCAGCUCAGGGUUCUAUGAGGCGAGUGAGGGCCAGUCUCCAAAGGGGCAUUCCUGUCCCUCUGAGUUCCCAGAGCCCCCCUCUGGCUGGGGCUACAGCAGCACUGAGAGGCCCAAGUCUCUGAAAGAUGCCCUCCAACUGACAAGUGAGAGUCUGAUGGAGCCAGUCCCUCGUGCCACUGUGCCCCACUCCUUCUCUGCCCCCUACCCACCCCUGGAGGGCAUCGCUGAGGAGGUGACGGCUGAGGAGCCCUGGCAGUGGGACCCACACUCUGCCCAGGGUUGGGAGGACCAGGACCAGGCCACUGAGGAGGAUUUCCAGCAGGCUCUGAGGGUAGAAGGCUACAUCCUGGGUCUCAUCCAUCGCUACGCGUUCUCACCCCGGCCCUGCAUGCCUCGUACCAGCCUGGGGCCUGACCCCUCCAUCUCCUCAUCAUCCAGCAUUAACAGGCAGAGCAGCCUGCAAAGGAAACCCCCUCUUCACACCCCUGAGCACUGCAUCCCUGACCCACAGGAUGUCUACCCUGACCGUGAGUGCCAGGCCUGGGGGUGUGACCCUCUAGACAGGGAGGCGUGGGGGGGAGAGGCCCCAUCCAUGGAGGAGGACUGUUAUCAGUCUUUACCCUACCUUCACUCCAGACCUCACUCCCUGGCCGGGGGCCAUCCACCCACCCUGGACCCCCCUUGUGGAGCUAUGGACCCUUGUUUAAGUAGUGAGUCUGAUUCCCCCCAGCACUACCCACUGCCCCCAGCUUCACAUAAACACCUUGUCAGAGCCCAGUACAUUCCUGGGCAGGCAUGCCACGCCCCUGUACUAUCAUCACACUAUCCUCCAGAACACUCCCCCUCACAUUAUCCUCCAGAGCCCUCUAAGCCCAGCCAAACCUUUGUGUCCCGAGACCAAAGCAGCUCAAAGCCCAGGGCCACGGGGAAGAAGGGUCAUGAGGAGGGACAGAGCUCCAAGAAGCCUGACCACAGGACCUGCCGCUCCCAGUCUGAGAACAGUUUGAUGGGGCAGAGGGCUUUCCCUAAGCACAGGUACAGCACAGUCGAGCGCCCCCAGCACCAGAGGUGCCAGGGUCCACACACAGGCCCCCAGCACAGCAACACCGCUGGGGGGCGACGCUGGUGCUCCACCCUGGAGCUCAGCCAGGAGGAAGGGGAGACCCAGGGUGAGCAGGCCCACAGAUGCCCACCUCGUAGGGCCCGCUACACCCAGGCCUGCUCUCAUCCAAACCCCAACCACCACUCUCAGGUCCAUGCCCAGCCUCGCCUCUCAGAGUACCCGGAGAGAGCACCUCUGUGUCGGGGAGAGGAGGGCCAUGUGCAGGCUGCCCCUGGGGAGUCAGAGUUCAGCAUGAGUGAGGUGUACUCCCCUGCCUCCAGCUCCCUCUCUAGUGACUCCGAUGAGGGGGGGCUGGUGUGGCCCCAGCAGCUGCCCCCUCGUCUGGCCCCCUCCUCUUCCUCCUCUUCCUCCUCCCCUCAGGCCUCCUCAAAGGCCUCCUCGCAGCCCAAGGCCUUUGUUAAAAUCAAAGCCUCUCAUGCCCUGAAGAAGAAGAUUCUACGAUUCCGCGCCGGCUCUCUCAAAGUCAUGACAACAGUCUGAAAAUAUGUCUGUCACUGAUUGUUUCUACUGCCCAUAUCCUGAACAGUCUGAUGGUUCAUCCUACAUCACCUACAGUUCACACCCUCUGUCUACCUCUGCUGGUCCGUGCAGCAUUGUCAUAAAAUCAAAAGCUAUUUUACCUUCAGGAAAAACACAGAUGUCUGUAACUGGCCUGAGAUCAGUAUCAUGAUAUCAUCUAGCUAAAGCACAUUUCACCAUCAGACUGUGCAUUUACUCUGCAUUAACCAUUCAUUUAAUGAAAGUCAUCCUCUGACGGUAACACUGCCAUGUCACAUAUGGACACCUGAAAGUGAACCGCUACCUCUCUUCUCUCAGCUGCACCACCUUGCAGCCUGGACCUGAAGCCCAUGUCUGUAGCACUGGCCCUGUAGGUGACUGUAGUGAGGGGUCAACACACACACUUCUGUAAAUACCUACCUGUGGCCUUGUUUGUAUGAAUGUAGUUUGUAAAUAAAGAUGUUGUGGUCUUUUA